AACAAGUAGUCACAUUGACAAAUGCAGUUGCUGAACACAAAACAAACUGGAACAUUGUGAACAGUAUUAAAAAUUCCUUACGCUUAGUAAAUUAGGCAAAAUGCUUCGAUUUGCUUUUAUUGCAUUAUUCAUCCAUGUGUUAUUUCUGCUUUCCAUUUUUUAUAUCUAUUUCCAAUCACCAAUCUUACGAAAUCUUCCGAUAGGAGCAGACUACGAUGAUGCACCGGCUGAUAGGGUUGUAAUAUUCAUUGCUGACGGAUUGAGAGCGGAAUCAUUUCUUGAGCAUCAAGCAAACAGGACAAAGUUUUUGAGACGAAUGAUCAUAUCCAAUGGUGCUUUUGGAAUAUCACAUACUCGUGUCCCAACGGAAUCCAGGCCAGGACAUGUCGCACUAUUUGCGGGUCUGUAUGAAGAUCCCAGCGCAAUAUUUAAGGGAUGGAAAGAAAAUCCUGUUGAAUUCGAUUCUGUGUUUAAUCGGAGUCAUGCAACAUAUAGUUGGGGAAGUCCUGACAUUUUAUCAGUGUUUUCAAGCAAAAUGGAAACCGGUACAAUUUUAACUGAAAGUUAUCCAGCUGACGUGGAAGAAUUUUCUCAAACGACGAAUACGAGCAUUCUAGAUUUAUGGGUAUUUGAUAAAGUGAAGCAAUAUUUCCAGAAGCCCGAAAAUAUUGAACUCCUUAUGUCAAAGAAAAAUGUUAUACUUUUUUUACACUUGUUGGGAAUGGAUACAUCUGGUCAUGUACACAAACCGUAUUCACAACUUUACACGGAGAACCUUAUAAUCGUUGACCAGGGCAUUGAACAAAUUGUUCAUCUGAUUGAUCAAGUAACAAACCACGAUCUAAGGACUACAUACAUAUUUACAUCUGAUCAUGGGAUGACCGAUAAAGGGUCACAUGGAUCUGGCCACCCUAGGGAAACCGAAACACCAUUUGUGGCAUGGGGUGCAGGUAUUCAUUACUGGAAAGAUGUCUGGAUUGAUGAACCUGGAAAACACGUAAUCAUAGAUGAGGUUUUAGUCCCACGGUGGGAUAUAAAUCAAGCCGAUGUUACUCCGCUGAUAUCAGCUCUACUCGGGCAAGCUGUCCCAAAGAACAGUUGUGGUAAACUUCCACGACAGUAUCUAAAUGCAACAGAAGCCUAUGUUGCAAAAUGUAUGAGAGCCAAUGCAGACCAACUAUACCAACAGUAUUCUCAAUAUAGACAUGAAUCGAGUCAAAAACUUUUUAAAUGGAACAUUUCUCAGAAGGAAUCUGACUACGUUGUCAUAAUAAGCAAGCUAAGGUAUGACGUAGAGAUAGUGUACCGUGACAAGAAUUUUAAAAAAGUGAUAGCGUUGUGUGAUGCUCUUAUUGACGUAACAUUAGAAGUAAUCGAGUUUUAUCAAACAUAUUACAAGAACGAGUUACUGUUCAUGCUAACUCUUGCAAUGACUGGUUGGAUUUUAAUAGUGUUGGGCAAAUUAUUUGUCUUCGAAGAAGUGUUUCCAAAAAUCAGUCGGAAAUUGAGUGUGGCGGGUAUUACUGCAAUGAUUGUAAUAACUGGGUACAACUAUUUUCAGGGGACCCCUAGAAUUGUAACAUUCUAUUUUUUGUUGCCAUUGUUUAUUUGGAUUCCAGUUGUGGCCUCAUCUAGAGCGUACAUCAAAAUGAUUAGUUUGAGAGUACUCGGACAAACUGUAGUUUUUGUUGGAUUUGCAGAGUUGUGCGUAAUGGCAUUUUUUCAAAGAAGUGUGCUUAGUUUAUUCCUAUUUGGUAAUACGAUAUACUUGGCACACAAAUUAAAGCAACUUAGUGGCAGCAAAUUGGUUUAUUCGUUAGUUUUCAGCAAUGCAGUUCUGGCAGUUUUUCCCAUUUUGCCCGUUGUGGAGAAAGAUUCUAAUCAUCCAUGGUUAUCAGUGUUAGGUGUUUGCUUGUGGACUGUUGUUAAUACCUUGAUAACGAUAAAUUCCAAGGAGAACAUAAUGUAUCGUUGCCUACAGAGCAUUGUCUGCUGGGGACUAGCGAUAAAUUUACUGAUAUCAAUUUACAUUAUCGAAAAAGGAAUGACAUUGUGUUGGUGGAACCAAACGUUAUCAUGGAUAUUUUUUGUUUCUUGUCUUCUGAUACCGUUCUUAACAUCAACUCUAUUUACGGUACGACUCAUGGCGAUUGUAGUAAAUUUAGCAGGCCCAUAUAUGAUCCUCUCACUAUCUUACGAACCAUUAUUCUACUUGGCUUUUUGUAUAAGUUUAUUUUACUGGUUGCGUGCAGAAAACGAAAUAUCUACAUCCAGGAAACAGAUAUCAGAUUUGUUUUUCACGUAUCAGCCUACUCAAUACAAAAAUGUUGAUUUUGAUGAUUUUCGUCGCUCUUUAACAUUCGUAUUUUACAUGCUCAUUUCAUUUUUCGGGACUGGAAAUAUGGCCACCGUUAGUUCAUUUGAUCCGAACUGGGUUCGGCUUUUAGUGACGACUUUCUCGCCUUUUCUAAUGACGUGCCUGAUUGUGUUCAAACUAUUAAUACCUAUAUUAGUAUCAGUAUGCAUUUUGAGAUCAUUGCAGAUAAGUUUGAACGUAAGAGCCCAGACGUUGUUUCUGUUAAUAUUCGUCAUCUGUGAUUUGAUGUGCCUUCAUUUCUUCUAUUUAAUUAAAAACAAAGGCUCAUGGCUGGAAAUAGGUUCAUCUAUAUCACAUUUUGUUAUCAUGGAGUGUACCACGAUUGUAUUGAUUCUGUUGUAUGGUGGUGCAACAUUCAUGACUGAGUUUUCUUUAGUAGAAAAGAUUUCUAAUCAUCAGGGACUGACGUUUGGAAGAAAAACUAAUAAAGACUGAAUUGUUUUUGUAUGCUAAUGCAAAA